AAGAACGGCAACUCUAACAUAUUUCCGGUAAUAUGUCAAGUGGUGCAAGCGGUUGACAAGCGACUGGGUGAGACAUAAUCAUUGCGAAAGGAGGAAAACACAAGCAAGAAUCAUGUCAAUUCUUGGUUUGAAACCGCUACAGUUUGUGCAUAUUUUGGAUUUGAAUUCCAACAUCACCAGACUAGAGGUUGGCCCCCAGACCGUGCCAGUGAAAGGAAAUGAGAGACUGGUUACCCAGCCCCUGUCCAUGGUCAUUGUGAAGCCCGGCUGUUUCUGUGUUAUAAAGGAUCCCUGCAGUAAUUAUGUACCAGGGGAGGCUGCUGAGCUGAGAAUUGGAGAAACUGCUGUCAAGUUUACCACAGACUCCCCUUUCCCACUGUAUCCAGGAGAGACUCUCCUUCACGCCCCCGAUUUCCUGAAGGGUAGGCCGGACUAUAGCAUUGCCAUCAAACCACUUCCUGUCAUUCAUGCCAACCAUGCAAUCCGAUUGGUUGCUAAUGUAGACUUUGAAGAUGCCCAUGGGAAGCACAAGGCAGGGGAGAAAUGGCAGCUAGAGGGACCAUUAACUUACAGACCACAGCCUGAGGCGGAAGUUGAAGACAUAAUCAACCCGGUGGUAAUUAAACAGGGGGAAUCUUUAAAACUAAAGGCACUUCAGGACCUUACAGACCGAUUCGGAAGGAAACGUUUGACUGGAGAGGAAUGGAUGAUAAACAAACCUGGAGCCUACCUCCCUGACGUUUAUGAAGAGGUAGUUUCUGUGGAGAAAUGCUGGACUUUGACACCAAAUAACGGAAUCGUCCUGCGGGCCUUACAGACAUUGGUGGACGGCCAUGGAGUUAAGAGACUGGCAGGAGAGCAGUGGCUACUGACCGGUGCAGAAGCUGAUCAUUACUUCCCAGAAAUUGGUGUGGAAGUGGUAUCUAAGGAAAACAUUAAGGUCCUGUGGAAGGGCCAGUACUGUGUUAUUCAAGACGUGGUGGACAAGCAUGGCAAGCCUCAGCUAGCAAAGCGAGAACUUAGGGUGGGGCCGUGCAGUUUCUUCUUACAUCCAGGGGAGAAGCUGGAGAAUGGAAAAGUUCAGAAUGUCCACAUCCUGGGACAAGAUGAUGCCAUUGUCCUUCAAGCAGAGGAGGAAUACAAAGACCUCAUGUUUAAAGGUAAACGACGGAGCCCAGGAGAUGUGUGGAUGUUGAGGGGACCUCUGGAGUACAUACCUCCUAUAGAGGUCCGGGUGGUCAAAAUUAGAUCUAAGAUUCCUCUGAGCAAGAAUGAAGGACUGUACAUCAAAGACAUGCAGACAGGAAAGGUGCGAGCAGAAAUGGGCCCGCAGUCCUACAUGCUGACAGCUUUUGAGGAGCUGUGGGAGAAAGACCUACCUGGAAUUACAGAAGAGCUGCUUAAACAAGGAGGUGGUGCAGGGACAGCGGACAUUAGAAAGAUGGCUUACUUUGAGCAGUCGAUUGAUCCCAAAGUGCUGGCGGGAAGAGACAAGACGCGGCUUGUGACCUACCGUUGCCCCGGUAACACUGCAGUGCAGGUGUAUAAUUACCUGGAAAGGACAGCCAGGGUGGUGUUUGGUCCUGAUCUUGUCAUCCUGGGACCACAUGAGAACUUCAAUGUCCUCAGUCUUAGUGCUGGUAAACCAAAGAAAUCGAAUUCGAUGAAGUCUCUCUGUCUGAUGCUGGGACCUGACUUCAUUACCGAUAUAUUAGAGGUUGAAACUUCAGAUCAUGCACGUUUAAGGAUUCAAGUGGCUUUCAACAACCAUUUCGAGUAUAACAUAGAUAGCUCAGAGGAAGAAAAGUGCAAACUAUUUUCGGUGCCAGAUUUUAUUGGGUUUGCUUGUAAACAAAUGGGUGCUCGUAUCAGAGCUGCUGUGGCACAGGUCAGUUUUGAUGAUUUCCACAGACAUUCCAACCAGGUGCUCAUCACGGCAGUGUUCGGCGUGGAUGCUGAAGGACAAAUUAAUACUGAAGUCAGGUUCUCGGAAAACAAUCUGGUUCUCAGCAGUAUGGACAUACAAAGCAUUGAGCCGGUGGACGCUAAGAUGAGAGACAGUCUCAGUAAAUCUGUGCAGCUUGCCAUAGAGAUCUCUACCAAUUCAAUUGAGGCAGCAGCAUCACAUGAGGCAGCUAGAAAUGAACAAAUUGCUCGCGGUGAACUCGAGCGUCAAAAACUGUACAAUGAAAAAGAGGCGGAGAAAGAGAGAACUACAUUGUUGGAGCUGCAGGCUGUUGCUGCUGCCGUCGAAUCCACAGGACAGGCUAAGGCGGAAGCCCAAGCGCAGGCAGAGAGGAUUUUCAUCGAGUGUGAGAGCGAGAUUGAGGCUGCCAAGUUGCGGGCAGAAGCAGCAGAAAUUGAACACAGUGCUCAGUUAGAAACUCAAGAUGCAAUGAGAUCACAAGAACUGAGAUACACCAGGAAUAUGAAUGAACUCGAGAUCCACAAGGAGAAGGAAAUGGCUGAUAUUGAGGUGAAGAAGUUUGGGGAUAUGAUUUCAACAAUAGGUGCAGACGUACUGAAAGCCAUUGCGAUAGCAGGGCCUGCGAACCAGGUCAAUAUGUUGAAAGCACUUGGCUUGGAGAGUGUAUUGAUCACCGAUGGCAACAGUCCUAUAAAUCUAUUUAACACGGCCAGUGGACUCGUGGGUGAACACUAACACUAGGGGUGUGGACCAGGAAAAAACCGAGAGGUGGAUGAUACCACUUCAUCAAGUUCUAAAUCUCUCUACAAAUAUUUCCUUCUGAAAAGUGCAAUUUUGUAGGAUCAAAUUCUCAGAGAUUUUAACCCAAGUACAUGUACUUAAAUUUUAAAUAGUUUCCUUUCUUCUUGUUUCACUGUUUUAUUUAUUGAACUGCAUCUGAUAAAAGGGUAAUAUAUUUUUGUGAGUGUAUAGUGUAAAUGUCCAUGUUAUAUGUUUGGAAGGAUUAUAUCAUCCAGGACUUGUUUCCUCUUACAGUUUUGUAUGUUGCUAUUUAUCAAGACUCUUUUUUGCUCAAUGUCUUUGUGGGAAUUGAAUUUAUACAUGUAUUGAUCGUUAUGACUGUAAAAUAUAAUAUUUUGAAAGAUUUUUAUGAUUAUGUAAAUCUGAUGAGUUUUUCUGUAAUGAUAUUUAAUAACAAAUCACAAAAUCUUAAUGAUAGCGAGCCUGUGAUAAUACAAUUUGUGAUUUGUUUCUCUUGACUUUACUCGUACAUUUCAUGCCUUUGAUCAUACAUGUAUAUACACUGUAUCCUGUUAUGUAUAUACACUGUAUCCUGUUAUAGAUCCUUUGCAGUUUGAAGUUACCUUUCAUUUUCUAGAAAUAAACAUUAAUUUCAUA